UUAGCCGGUAGGAUUUAAGAAAGGGUUCACUUCCGGUAGCCCGGGAAGCAGUUUGAAGAUGGCGUCCUCCAAGCAGGAGGGACAAGCUGCAGCGUCUAGGAAAAGUGAAUUUCGUAGCCAGAAGCCGAAGCCGGAGAGCCGAGAUGAAUCAGAACUCCUCACUGUUCCUGAUGGUUGGAAGGAGCCAGCUUUUUCCAAAGAGGACAAUCCCAGAGGACUCUUGGAGGAGAGCAGUUUUGCAACUUUGUUUCCAAAAUAUAGAGAGGCUUACUUGAAAGAGUGCUGGCCAUUGGUACAGAAAGCCUUGAGUGAACAUCAUGUUAAUGCAACCCUGGACCUGAUCGAGGGCAGCAUGACUGUCUGUACAACAAAGAAGACAUUUGAUCCAUAUAUCAUCAUUAGGGCCAGAGACCUAAUAAAACUGUUAGCAAGGAGUGUUUCAUUUGAACAGGCAGUACGAAUUCUUCAGGAUGAUGUUGCAUGUGACAUCAUUAAAAUAGGUUCUUUAGUAAGAAAUAAAGAAAGAUUUGUAAAAAGAAGACAACGGCUUAUUGGUCCCAAAGGAUCUACGUUGAAGGCGUUGGAACUCUUAACAAACUGUUACAUUAUGGUACAGGGAAACACGGUUUCAGCCAUUGGACCUUUUAGUGGCUUAAAAGAGGUUCGAAAAGUAGUCCUAGACACUAUGAAGAAUAUUCAUCCAAUUUAUAACAUUAAAACCUUAAUGAUUAAACGAGAGUUGGCGAAAGAUUCUGAGUUAAGAUCACAGAGUUGGGAAAGAUUUUUGCCACAGUUCAAGCACAAAAAUGUGAAUAAACGCAAGGAACCAAAGAAGAAAACUGUUAAGAAGGAGUAUACACCAUUCCCACCACCACAGCCAGAAAGUCAGAUUGAUAAAGAAUUGGCUACUGGUGAAUACUUUCUGAAGGCAAGUCAAAAGAGGAGACAGAAAAUGGAAGCAAUAAAGGCUAAACAAGCAGAAGCUCUUAGUAGGAGACAAGAGGAAAGAAACAAAGCGUUUAUUCCACCUAAAGAAAAACCAGUUGUGAAACCUAAGGAAGCUUCUACUGAAACUAAAAUUGAUGUGGCAGCCAUCAAGGAAAAGGUUAAGAAAGCGAAGAGUAAGAAACUGGGAGCCCUUACAGCUGAAGAAGUUAAGCUUAAAAUGGAAGCAGAUGAAAAGAAAAAGAAGAAAAAAAAGUAACAUACAUAAAACAAACAAAAAUCCCUGAGCUAGAAUUUAUUAAGCUAUCUCCUUUUGUAAAGGAUUUUGAGAUACUAGGGCAUUAGUUGCCUUAUCCCUGAGAAGUAAUACCCUGAUCACUUUUUUCUGAGUUUGUUUUGUUCUUUACAUAAACAGCAAUUCUUUAUAAA